AUGGACAUCCACCUCAAGUAUUUCGUCAAAAUCUACCACCACAACUACCUCCAUCACGAGUUGACCCUCGUGCCAAGACUCUACCUAAUAAGAGUGUGGGUCCUCCACCAUCUAUUCCAACCAGAGCACCUACAACCUCUCUCACAGGAGUGGAACAAUUCGCACAUUGCCUUCUCAACAAACAAAAUCUCCAAAAAAGAAAGACAAAAAAUGGAAUCACCACCGAAAAAAAAUCCAAAAUCUCCACCUCCAGCUGGAGGUAUUGAUAUGAAUGAGAUCUUGAAACGGAGACAACAAAUGAAUUCUCGUGCGCUUGAAGACUUGGACAAGAGUCGACAACAACAACAGGAAGCAGAUACUGAAGAUAAACAUGUUGCUCCUUGGUUGAACCAGCUUAAAAAAACAAACCGUACAUCUGCAGAAAAUAACGAUGAACCAAAGGAAGAGGAGGUCCCUGAGUUUAUUAGAAAACGACGAUCGAUGAGUCUAAUGACUCCAUCAAUACCUCCACCUCGUGUCCCUCUUGAAGAUGAACCAUCUUACACACAACCAACCAUCACAUCAAAGAUAAAACUACCACCUCCUGUUCCUGAAGAAGAGUGCCACCUCCUCCUCCACCUAAGACACACCCACCCCCAUCUGUCCCUCCAUCUCAACGAACAGCCCCAUCCUCAGAUAGUGAAGAGGAACGACCUCCUACUCCUCCGAGAACAUGUCCCCUCCAUCAUUGUCUCACAAAAACCAAAUGUCCCACCUCAUGUUCCUAACAUGAAAGCCCCUCCUUUCCCUCCAAAGAUGCGCCCCGCCUCCAUCAGUCCUCCAUCCCCACCAAGAACAAAGGCUCCACCCCCUCUUCCUAAUCAAGAGGUAGCUACAUCUGAAGAGUCCCAACCUAUGCCAUACCCACCUCGAUCUGUUCCUCCUAAAGCAGGAGAGUUGACCUUGCCUCAAUCAUCGCCGCCACUAGUUGAUCGUCCUCCGUCAAUUAUACCAAAACGACCAGCACCUCUUCCACCUACUCUUUCUCCGGCAACGCAUGGAGAACCAACCCCCACAACACAGUUCUUAGAUAUCGUCAUGUUUGCCUAUGAAUCUUAA